AUGAUGAUGACGGUGAUGAUGAUGAUGAUGAUGCCGCCGCCUCCCCAGCGCUGGGGGCGGCCUGAAGGGCCUCCGAACAACCCCAGUGCCGCCGGUGCUCCGACGGAGGACAGGCACCUCCUCACGGACACCGACCCCACCCCUCCCACCGGCCCCGCCGCGCCCUCGCCUCACACGGGGCCGAGGCUGAGGGCGGAGCGGAGGACCUUCACUUUCCGGCUCCUUCACACCUCUACCUUCCAAAACACCUCCUUUGUGGAAACGGAGGGGAUAGGCCUGCUGGAAGACAUUGAACUUGGGUCUCUUGAUAAGCACACCUGGGACAUCCACUUCUGCCAGCCCUGGGUGCGUCCAGCAGUGCCCCAGAGUGAGUGGGACACACUUGACAACAUGUUCAAGGUCUACUUGCAUAAUUUCAACCUCCUGAUGAACCAAGGGGCCACACAGAAGGAUGUGCCCUACCCCUUUGUGGCUCAGUCCAUGGCAGGCUGCAAGCUCUACCCCAACAGGACCUCUCAGGUCUUCCUCUCUGUGGGCUACAAUGGGCAGGACUUCCUCAGCUUGGACACAGACAGUGCCACCUGGACCCUCUCCCAGGACACUGACCUGGCACGGUACCUCAGGGCUGUCCUCACGAAUGAAACCACCCUCGCUGAGGCGGUGGAGGGCAUCUUCAAGGAUAGCUGCAUCAAUGCCCUGGAGAUGUUCCUGAGUUAUGGGAGGGCAGCUCUGGAGAGACAAGGGACCUUCACUAUCCGGCUGCUUCAAACCUCUACCUUCCAAAACACCUCCUUUGUGGACACGGAGGGGAUAGGCCUGCUGGAGGACAUCGAACUUGGGUCUCUUGAUAAGCACACCUGGGACAUCCACUUCUGCCAGCCAUGGGUGCUUCCAGCCCUGUCCCGCAGUGAGUGGGACACCACUGACAACAUGAUCAAGAUCUAUAUGCAUCAAUUCAACCGCCUCAUGAAUGAAGGCGCCAUACAGAAGGAUGUGCCCUACCCCUUUGUGGCUCAGUCCAUGGCAGGCUGCAAGCUCUACCCCAACAGGACCUCUCAGGUCUUCGUCUAUUUGGGCUACAAUGGGCAGAACUUCCUCAGCUUGGACACAGACAAUGACACCUGGACCAUCCCCCAGGACACCGGCCUGGCACGGUACGUCAGGGAUGUCCUCCAGAAUGAAACCACCCUCAUUAAGGAGGUAGAGGGCAUCUUCAACAAUACCUGCAUCAAUGCCAUGGAGAUGUUCCUGAGUUACGGGAGGGCAGCUCUGGAGAGACAAGGUGAGACCACCCUGACCCUGCCACAGCCACCCCAAAGCCCUGGGGCCAAGCCGUGCCCAACCAGGGACGGGCACAGCUACGCCUGCCGCGUGCGCCACCGCAGCCUGGGCACCCGCAGCCUCCUCGUCCCCUGGGGGAACUCACAGCUGGUGCUGAUCACAGGGCUCGUGGCCGGGCUGCUGGGAGCCGUGGCUCUUGCUGCCCUGCUGCUGCUUUGCCUCUGGAGACGCAGAAAGCACCAGGGGACAGAGGAAUCACAGUCCAGGAACUCCAUCCUGAGCAAAGAAGCUUAGCCCAGAAGGGAGACAACUGUCCCCGUUCCCUCUUGGCACCUGUCAGCCAACAGGGACAAGAAUUACCUUCUUCUGCUUCAAGACUGCAAGAUUAACUCGACUCAGAGAUGCAGGGGAGAAAUCUGGGUGGCUUCUGACUCACUUGAAUUUGCUAAGCAGACACAGAUGCAGGUCUGAGACCUCCUCACUUUUUACACCUCUUGUGGCACUGCCUUAGGCACCCACUGAGGCUCUAGGGCACCUAAAUGCCCAGAGGCAAUUUCUCCCACUUCUGCUACAAUAACACUUUGAUCACUAGGUGGAAAGCUGUGCCCUUCCACUUCCAUUUUCUAGCUGAUUUGUUUUCCUAAAAACUGCCUUUAUUAACGUAUUCCAGAAGUUUUUGUGCUGAGACUGAACUGUUCCACGCAGACUAACAGAACCUGGCCACAAAUGGCUUUACAAAGUGCUGAGUAACACUGAAACUCUGGUAUAAUAUGUGGGAGAUGUGUAGAAUAUCUGCAGUUGUGUAUAAUAAAAUCAAUAUUUUCACUAAGAUCAUGUGCCUUUCCUCAGGAGUUGUGUGGCUUUGGGGGAGGUUUUACUCAGCUGCAAAGGGAAGCCAGAGCACCACUGAAUUAUUGGCACUAAUUGCAGGAAACACCAAGGAAAGGGGAAAAAAAAGUACAUGUGUGCCUGUGCAUAUAUGAACAUGUUCUUACAUAUUGCAUGGAAACAAGUAACUGUGCACAUAGGGGUAAAGUGCCCCCAAGGCUUCUAAGAAAGGAGGAAAAGGAAGCCCAUGUCCAAUUGAAGACAGCAGAGUUCAGACAGACACAGGAAGCCAUUUAGUUCAUGCUCCCAACCAACUUAAACACAGAGCUUCAAAAGCUUUGGUUUCCCUGCAAAAUUUCCCAAGAUAAGUCUGGCAGCCAUGGGGGAGCCAGAAAAUCCAGCUGGCCUGUGGCUGUAUCCACCACAGCUCUGCUGGGCUUUGUUCCCCCUCGGCCAGACCCUGGAAACAAUGAUGCUGGUGGCAGGACUACAUUUUCCUGGCAGCCAGAGUCA